AUGCACCACCUCUUCUUCAUCAUCAGGCUGCACUUGCCAGUGGGGUACCAUGGCCGAGCCUCCUCUGUUGUGGUGUCUGGCACCCCAAUCCGAAGGCCCAUGGGACAGAUGAGACCGGAUACGUCAAAGCCUCCUGCAUAUGGUGCCUGCAGACUCUUGGAUAUUGAGCUGGAAAUGGCUUUCUUUGUAGGCCCUGGGAACAGAUUCGGAGAGCCCAUUCCCAUUUCCAAGGCCCAUGAGCACAUUUUCGGGAUGGUCCUCAUGAAUGACUGGAGCGCUCGAGACAUCCAGCAGUGGGAAUACGUCCCUCUUGGGCCUUUCCUUGGGAAGAGUUUUGGUACCACCAUCUCUCCAUGGGUGGUGCCCAUGGAUGCCCUCAUGCCCUUCGCUGUGCCCAACCCAGAACAGGAUCCCAGGCCCCUGCCAUAUCUCUGCCAUGACCAGCCCUACAUGUUUGACAUCAACCUGUCUGUGGCCCUGAAAGGAGAAGGAAUGAGCCAGGCAGCAACCAUAUGCAGGUCCAAUUUUAAGUACAUGUACUGGACCAUGCUGCAGCAGCUCACACACCACUCUGUCAAUGGCUGCAACCUGCGGCCUGGGGAUCUCUUGGCUUCUGGAACCAUCAGUGGAUCGGAGCCAGAAAGCUUUGGCUCCAUGCUGGAGCUGUCCUGGAGGGGAACGAAGCCCAUAGAGCUGGGGACGACGGGACAGACCAGGACAUUCCUGUUGGAUGGGGAUGAAGUCAUCAUAACAGGGCACUGCCAGGGGGACGGCUACCGCAUCGGCUUUGGCCAGUGUGCCGGGAAAGUACUGCCUGCCCUCUCGCCAGCAUGAGGCGCUCUGGUCGCAGGGGAACCGUGGACCCCCACCCACCUGUGACCUGCCAGGGCCUGAUGGUCAUUCAUGCAGCAUCCAAUAAAGCCACCCUGCUCCUCGUCCUCGCCGAGGCUGGCAGU